AUGUAUUACGAUGAAUGGUUGAGACUUGGCGAGAGACUUGGAUUGUCCGGUGGAGACUUGAUCCUUUUCAUCAAAGAUAAGGAAGAGGAAUGUAUAGCAAGGGAAGAGAGAGCUCAACGACGUGAUGAAGAAAGGAGACAGAUGCAGAUGAACUUUGAACUGCAAAUGAAGGAGAGAGACUUAGAGAUUGAGCGUUUGAGGGUCAACAGAGUAAACAGUACUGAUACUUGUAAGGCGUACAGACCUAAGAUUCCAAAGUUUGAUGAAGAGCACGAUAACAUUGACGCAUAUCUGGAAAGGUUUGAGAGAUAUGCUCAAAGUCAAAAGUGGGAAGAGGAGAGCUGGGCCAUAAGUCUUAGCUCGCUUUUAACAGGAAUGGGACUGGAGGUGUACACAAGCAUGCCACAAGAAGAGGCCUGUAAUUACGAUUCUCUCAAGAAAGCGAUCCUAAGGAGGUAUCAGUUGACUGAAGAUGGAUUCAGAUCUAAAUUUCGACAAAGUAAACCAGACCAAGGAGAGUCGGUCUUCCAAUUUGUGUCAAGAAUAAAGAGAUACUUCAGUCGUUGGACUGAACUGGCUGGAAUAGAAAAGACGUAUGAAUCCUUAUGUGAUUUAAUGAUAAGAGAGCAGUUUAUUGAAGGUUGUUCGGCCGAAUUAGCGGUGUUUCUAAAAGAGAGAACACCAAAGUCGAUGGACGAGAUAACACGUCUUGCAGAGCAGUACAUCGAAGCACAUAAGGGGACACCUUCAAUAUUGUCGAAGAGUGUUGCGCCACAAAGGAAGCACAACUCCACCAGUCAUGAGCAGUCCAGUCGAAAGACAGAAGAGAAGAAUGGGUUGCGGAAAACCUGCUUUAUAUGUAAUAAAGCAGGUCAUUUAGCGCGUGACUGUAGACAAAACAGCAGGAGUAACACUCCAAAGAGUUGCUUUAUCUGUAAUAAAGCAGGACACUUAGCCAGAGAUUGUAAGCAGAUGAGAUCAGCUCCAGCAAAGAAUGACCAGAAGUUAGCAGCAGUGUGUGUUCAAACGGAAGUAAAAAACAGUCCAUUGAAAAACAAUACUGAAGACGGAAAAUUGAAGUUGGCAAGUGGGGAGUCAGUCCCAAUACUUGCAGGAGUUUGUACCAUUGACAGCUUAAAAGGGGAGAGGAACUUGGAGGUACAGAGAGGAUUCGUAGGAACAGAAGAAGUGAAAGUGUUAAGGGACACUGGAUGCGAAUCCGCUGCUGUAAGAAGAGACUUAGUCAAAGAAGAGCAAUUUCUAGGUAAAGAAAUAGUGAUGAUCACAAUAGAUGGGGACGCCAAAGUUGUACCUAUGGCGAAGAUAUGGGUUGAUACUCCGUAUUACAUUGGAGAAAUUGAGGCAAUGGUACCAAAGUCGUUGAUUUGUGACUUAGUCAUUGGGAAUGUUCCUGGUGUACUUGAUAGACCUGAUCCUGAAUGGAAAAAGAAGAUUGCUGAUACAUCAGUAGCUGCGGUUAUGACAAGAUCACAGAGUAGAAAAGCAGAGCUACCAACGAAAGCACUGAAUGUGCCGAAACCCUCCUGUGAAACAGAAGUUAAUGUGGAGACAUUAAAGGCAUCACAGAAGGAAGAUAAAGCAUUGCAAAAGCUGUGGGAUUUAGCAAAGACAGAAGACAUGCUCGAAACAAAGGGUGGUGCAAAAUACAAAUUUGCAAUAAGAAAUGGAGUGCUGUAUAGAGUUUAUCUUCAGACGAAAGGGGCAUAUGACUACGAGACAAAACAGAUUGUCGUACCAGCGAGCAAACGCAAAAGAGUGAUGGAACUUGCUCACGAAUCGAUCGUUGGAGGACAUCUUUCAGCAAAGAAAACUGAGGACAGGAUCACGUCAAGUUUUUAUUGGCCUGGGAUUUCAAGUGAAGUUGGACGAUUUUGCCGAUCUUGUGACAAAUGCCAAAAGACCAUUCCGAAAGGCCGAGUUAAGAAGGUUCCUUUAGGAGACAUGCCAGUGAUUAAAGAACCAUUCCACAGAAUAGCCAUAAAUUUAAUAGGACCUAUUGCACCAGUGUCAGACAGUGGAAACAGAUAUAUAUUAACAGUGGUUGAUUAUGCCACGCGAUACCCAGAAGCGGUAGCAUUACCACGAAUUGACACAGAAAGAGUAGCAGAAGCACUUCUUUACAUCUUUUCGAGAGUAGGUCUUCCAGGUGAAGUUUUAAGUGACAGAGGCAGCCAAUUUACAUCUGACCUGAUGAAAGAAUGCAAUGGAUUUUGUGAGCGUAUGAAUGGAGUCCUGAAGAGCAUGUUAAAGAAGAUGUGCCAAGAAAGACCCAAAGAUUGGGAUAGAUACCUUUCGGCAGUAUUAUUUGCCUAUAGAGAAGUACCACAAUCAAGUACAGGAUUCUCACCCUUUGAACUUUUAUAUGGAAGAACAGUGCGGGGACCAAUGCAAGUGUUGAAAGAAAUAUGGACAGCGAAAGAAAAUCCUGAGACACAGAACACAUAUCAAUAUGUAUUUGAUUUAAAGCAGCGGUUGGAAGAAACGUGCAAGAUAGCAAGAGAAAGUCUAAAUAGAGCUCAGAGGACAUACAAACAUCAUUACGAUAAGAAAGCUCGCAAACGAGUAUUAAAACUUGGCGACAAGGUACUACUCCUGCUUCCGACAGAUAAGAAUAAGAUGAUGCUACAAUGGAAAGGACCCUAUGAAGUUGUUGAGGCUAUCAACGGAGUUGACUAUAGAAUAAAUGUUGGUGGAGCGGUAGAUGAUGAAAGUCUUCUAGAGUUUCCAGGAUACACAAGUGGUGAAACAUUUUGUGAUGUCAAGAUCUGUGAAAGACUUACUCAGGAACAGAGAAAGCAAGUCUUAGAUCUUCUUCAAGAAUUUAGUGAGGUGUUCUCCGAACAACCAGGAACAACUCCUCUCAUACAGCACCACGUCGAACUGAUUGACCAGAAACCUAUCCGAGUGAAGCAGUACCCAAUACCAUACGCUAAGCGUCAAGAUGUGGAAGAUGCAAUUAAGAAGAUGCUAGAAGCUGAUGUUAUAGAACAAUCUGUAUCCGAGUACAAUGCACCUAUCGUAAUUGUAAAGAAGAAAGACGGAAGCAAUAGAUUCUGCAAUGACUUUCGACGCCUUAAUUCUGUGACCAAGUUUGAUACCGAACCUAUGGCUAGUGUGGAUGAUAUUCUGGCAAGACUGAAAGAUGAUAAGUUUCUUACAAAGAUCGACUUAUGUAAAGGUUACUGGCAGAUUCCAGUUGCUGAAAGUUGCUGA